AUGGAGAGACCAAAGGCGACGUUCGUCGUGACUGUGCUCUUCGUGGUGGUCCUUGCCACUGUACCCGCCGUUGCCGGGUUUAUCAAGCGAGACGGGAUGGGGUUCGUGGACUCUGCCACCAGCCAGCCGGUCCGCUUCGGCGGCACCAACAACUACUACCUCCACUACAAGCCAAAGCAGAUGGUGAACCACCUGUUCGGCAAUGCGUCGGCCUACGGGUUCAACGUGGUGCGCGUCUCGAUCGACUUCCUCACGGCGCACCUGUACCCGUCGUCGUGGAGCAAGAGCGUCCAGUGGGCCGACGGCUGGAUCCAGACCCACAGUCAGUGGGCGCACCAGGUCGGCAAGCCCGUCGUCAUGGAGGAGUUCGGCAUCACCUACGACCAGGUGAAUAUUUACACGCAGUGGACCAACGCGAUGUACAAUGCGAGGUACAACGGGUGGAGCUUCUGGAUGCUGGUGACGGACAACUACCCCAACUACGACGGGUUCGCCAUCAGCUGCGGCUCCGACGCGUGCCGCCUGCUCGCUCGGCAGGCCCAACGCCUCUCCGCCCUCCCCUGA